GUCCGGCCCAGAGUUGGGUCUGCUCCUGACGCCGUGCUUCCUUGUCUCCGGCCCGGCCCAGCCCGGCCCAGCCUAGCCUGGGGCCAACACUGGUCAAUUGCAAUCCAUCCAGGAUCCUGAAGGGAUAAGGGAAGAUUGAGAAGAUGGUGGACCACCUGGUGAACACAGAGAUCAACAGCCAGAGAAUCGCAGCUGUGGAGAAUUGCUUUGGAGCAUCAGGGCAGCCUCUGGCAUUGCCAGGUCGGGUGCUCCUUGGCGAGGGCAUCCUGACCAAGGAGUGCCGCAAGAAGGCCAAGCCCCGAAUCUUCUUCCUCUUUAAUGACAUUCUGGUCUAUGGCAGCAUCGUGAUCAACAAACGCAAGUAUAGCAGCCAGCACAUCAUCCCAUUGGAGGAGGUGACGCUGGAGACCCUCCCUGACACCUGGCAUGCCAAGAACCGCUGGAUGAUCAAGACAUCCAAGAAAUCAUUUGUGGUGUCAGCCGCCUCUGUGACCGAGCGUGAAGAGUGGAUCAGGCACAUCGAGGAGUGCGUGAGGCGCCAACUGCGUGCCACAGGCCGCCCACCCACCACCGAGCACGCUGCCCCCUGGAUACCAGACAAAGCCACGGACAUCUGUAUGCGCUGCACCCAGACCAAAUUCUCUGCCCUCACCCGGCGGCAUCACUGCCGCAAGUGCGGCUUUGUAGUCUGUGGGGACUGCUCCCGGGAACGCUUCCUCAUGCCCCGCCUCUCACCCAAGCCCCUUCGGGUCUGUGGCCUUUGCUAUCGGGAGCUGGCGGCAGAGAAGCGGAAAGAAGAGGAGGGGGAAGCGGAGGAGGAAGGGCAGAGGCAACCCCAGCAGGACCUAGCUCACUCACUGGGGACAGCCUAUGGGGCAUCCAGUGGGGAAGAUGAAAGCGACAAGUCAGACGAAGAAAAGGAUGGAGGCUCGGCUAGUUCCUGGCCCAUGGGGCUGGAGUUCUAUGCUUCUGGGGUUAAAUGGUCGUCCUUCCACAGCUAACCUUUGGCCAAAAACCAUCCGGGGGUCUGGUUUGAAGGGGCAGGGUUGCCCUGAGCAGGUUCCUUCUUCCACAAAAGUAGGUGGUCUGGUUGACCCUAUUCAGACUCCCUUGGUGAGGACUUGGAAACUGGACACUACAGGACAGGUUAGAAUCGAUUCUGAAUUCUGUCCACAGAGCCCCAUUGUGCUGCUUUAUAGGCAAGGAGUGAGCAAUGGAAAAAAUGGACAUUUUCCUUGCUGCCUUUGGCACUCCCAGUGCCCAUCCUCUAAGAAACCAGCUCCAUUUAGUCAAGUUCUUUCUAUUUAGCUGGAUAGGGAAACUAGGAUGUAUUAGGAUAUUCCCCCCUACCCCCAGAGGCUCAGGCUACAGCCUCAGCUUCUCAUCAGAGGCAGAGCUAGGGGAGCAUUAUGCAAAAGACUUUCAGAACCUGAGGCCCCAGGAGACUAAAGGGAAGCAGGUAUUUUCUUCUUUGGAGCUCCAGUCCGUGAUCAUCUACAUCUAAGAGAACCAGCUGUCCCAAGGACAACCCACUUUACUUCUCAGCAUUGGCUAUGCAGGCCCCCAGUUCCUCCAGUGUCAGUCUCUGCCCUCUCCCAGGAACAUCACUGCUGCAAGUGUGGCUUCUUAGUGUGUAGGAACUUAUCAGAAACACUUCCUCAUGCUCAGGCUUCAUACUGGGAGAGGCCUAAGACACCAAUGUGGGCUGCAAGAACCCUGGAGAUACCUGAAGCCAGAUGCCCAUAGAUUUCAGGAGCCACUUGAUUAGAAAACCUGCAACCCAAAGAGACUGGAAGUGUCUUGAUCAGUCCUGUCCCUUGGGUGUACAUCUAGACCUGAUGAUGACCUCUCUAGCCCAAAGGGCAGUACAACACUGGAAAAGCCACAUUUCUGUAGUCUAGAAAAGGGUAGGGGCAGCCCUAUGGCAUCCUGGAGGAGCUGAGAGAGAAGCUGCAUCAAUGUUGACAUGACUGUGGUACUUCCUAUAGUUGUAUCAAUCCAAAUGUUCAAAGUUCACAGUAAUCACAAUGCAUCUCAUACCUCCUCCAUGUCUCAUCCUUUCCUUCUCUUCAUGGCACCAGUCUGGGUAGGGGAAGUGGUGGGAAUAGGGAUGAAGGGGGAGUGAGGAGGAAAGGGCCAAGAGCGGGGGCCACGUGUACCAAGAAAGGCAUUAUUGGGAGAGAGAUGCUUAUAAGGCAUUGACGCAGAUGGAGAGACAUACUUGUCUGUUGAACCAGAAAUCUGUUUUUUUUGGCUUGUCUCCUUUGAAGGAAAGCUCUCCAUCCUUGUCCUAAGCUCAGCAAGGUCUGCUUUCUCCUGGCUGGAUUCAGUUAAUCUGUCUUAUUUGGUUUAAACUGUCUAAUUGAUGAGUUGAAAGAAGGAAAAUUUUUCAGCAUCCCUUUCAGCUGAAUGCUAUUUUAUUUUAAAACCAUAUUUUGAUAUAUUCUCUUGGCUUGGAGGGAACAGUCUCAGAGGGUCUGGAAUGACUGUUUCUGGCCAUUUAGUUUUGGGAAUCUUACCCCUGCUCUUUCCCUCCUGUCUACAUUGGCUCAGGCAUAUGGCUCGUCUUGCCCAAGGGUGGAGAAGGCACAGAGAGGACAGCCUUGUCUCACCACCACCAGUACAAACCUCCCCUUGCCUUAAGUGGGACCAGGUCCCCAUGGGUGAGUAAAGAGAUGACUGAAAUUUUACCUUUAAAGAUUCAUUCUUUUGGGUUAAGUAUUGUCAUCUUCCUCUUAAAAACACAGCUAUCCUUGGGUGAAAUGAAAUAUUUCGUCCCUAACAGCUCAGUGUGAAUGAGUUUCUAAGAUUGCUUUUUCUCCUUGUCCACGAGGGGAAUAGAACUUAAUAAAAGAGAUGGGCCCUCAGAGGAUGGGCAAAGAAAAACCAGCAGAAAAUGGAUGCCCAUCUGUCUUUAGUAUUCCUCAGCCUCUUACCAUUGCGGAGCCCUACUGGGAGCUUAAUCAUUAAGGAGCCCUUUCCUGCUCCUCCCUGGGCCUCUGCCUCUUCUAACACGGGGGUCUUGUCCAGAUUAAUAGCUAUCAUUGGCCUGUAUGGUCUGGGCCAAUGAGCUGUGAUCCCUGGGGCUUGGUCCUCUGGGAUAUACAGGAUGGCAGAGGGAGAAGAGAAGGUGGAGAACUGGGCAAAUGUGACAUAGCCCAGGAGUUGUCUCAUUACCUUUAUAAAAGAAAAAUUUUGUUGACAUUCAGAACUUGACAAGCAGCAGCUCUCAAAGCCUUAUUUUUCUUCCCUCCCUUAGAAAUCUGCUAUAAAGUCCUUUCUCUUAUAGACUGGGGUCAAAGUGGAAUUUGCCCCCAACCUCCACCAUCUGGCUUGUGUGGAAAUCCCUUGCCCUGGGAACCUCAAUGCCCCUUUUCCUCAGAACCAAGUCCAGUGCUUUCCCUGGAGGACCUAGGGCCCCAAGGGUGAGUGGGAAGUUUCCGUGGUAACAGCUGCCUCAGCAACUUCUUUCAGGAGCCAGAUUCCAUUUGGGACUCAAAAACCUCCAAAUGGGGAUAAAGGUUUCAGGGUUUGGGAAACUCACAAGACAGAGGGCCUGCUUUGGCAGACAGAGAAGGCCUGUGGGUUGGAGGGCGUUCCACAUGGCUCCACACAGAGUCGUUUGGCCUCCCCAUCCAGCUAUAUUUCAUUCUCUCCUUCCUUUUCUCCCUCCUUUUCUUUCCAUCUCACUCCCCCUCCCCACCUCUCUUCCCUUCCCUUCUCUUGUCCCCAAAUUGCCAACCGACCUCACUGGCCUUCCUGAAACUGCUCUCUCUUGGUUCUCCCCCUACCCAUCUGGCUGCUCCCCAGUCUUUUUUUUUUUUUAGUGAGGCAAUUGGGGUUAAGUGACUUGCCCAGGGUCACAUAGCUAGUAAGUGUUAAGUGUCUGAGGCCAGAUUUGAACUCAGGUACUCCUGAAUCCAGGGCUGGUGCUCUAUCCACCUAGCUGCCCCUCCCCAGUCUCUUUUGAUGGAUUUUUCUUCAUGUCCUACCCUCUAAUCGUGGGCGUGCCCAGUGCCUCUGCCCUGGGCCCCUUAUAUACCCUCUCUUUGGGUGACAUCAUCAGAUCCCACGGACUUGUUCAUUAUCUCUUUGUAGAUGAUGCUCAGAUCUAUAUAUCCAAGCUUAGUGUUUCUCAAACUCAACCUGUCCAAAACAGGACUCAUUUUCUUCGCCCCCCCCAAAAAAAAAAAAAACCCAUCUCUUUUCCUUCUUUCCCUAGUUUCCUUAAGAGUAGCAUCGUCAUCUCAGGCACUUAGAUUUGUGACAAUGGAGUCAUCCUUGACUUCACUCUCCCUCAUCAAUCAACCAUCAAUCAACAGGCAUUUUUUAAGUGUCUUCCAUGCACUAAGCACUGUGCUAGGGUGGUGGGGAUACAGAGAUAAUACCAAAAACAGUCCCUUCCCUCCAAAGACUUCUUUGGGAGGAGAAAACACACAUAUCAGUAUAUAGAAAAUAUAUAUACAGUAUAUCAUAUAUAUAUCAGUAUAUACAAAAUAAGUACAAGGUAAUUCAGUGGAAGAAGCACAAGUGGCUGGUGGAUGAAGAAAGGCCUUAUGCAGGAGAUGGCACUCAGAUGACCUUUGAAGGAAAUUAGGGAGGGGCCAGCUAGGUGGUGCAGUGAAUAAAGCACUGGCCCUGGAUUCAGGAGGACCUGAGUUCAAAUCCGGCCUCAGAAACUUACUAGCUGUGUGAC